AUGACAAAGAUGCAGCCGCAUGAGGAGUUGAUGGAAGCAGGUAUGCUUGAUGAGUUUAAGGACACCAUGGGCAAGGCUAUGUUUGUGUCUCACCAGUGGCUAUGCUCAGCCGAGGUUGGUGUCGACUUGAGCAGCUGGCGAGGUGAUGAUAGCUUCAUGAUUACCAUCAAGACGGCCAGCCAUCCAACCCUAACGUGGAACGAGCAUGGUUCACUUGCCUGUCCAGCAGCAAAAUUUCAACAACUUGCACGGGAUCGGGCUCGUGUUGGCAAAGUAGUUCUUGGAAUGCUUUGGGACAAGCUGCACUUUCUGCUUGAAGAGGGCGAUGUCCACAAGUAUCGCUUCCUCCUGAAUCUCCACCACUUCUACUUGCGGGGCUUUGUGGGCCUUCAUCCUAUUGAGAGUCUUGUGCCGGCCUUUGACACGGAAAUUGACCCUACCAGGGAUGCCAGUGGAUUUUUUGUAGCCCGCUUCCUGCAUGACAACCUAUUCAAAAGAGUUUCGAAUCGUGAUUCUGCUGGUUGGUCGCCUCUUUGCUAUGCAGCGCUGGCAGGCAAAGCCACUUUGGUGCGAGCUCUUUUGGAUGCCAAGGCAAAUGCCAACGACACCUUAGGCAAGUUCACUCGGCAUGCCGACCUUUGCAAGCGUCUCCCAGUCCUCAGCCUUGCCGCAGUUUACCACAACAAUGAUGUCAUGCAGGUCCUUCUCUCAGCGCAUGCCAAUGUCCAUGCUCGUUGCGUUCUUCGAGCGACUGCACUGACUUGGUGCUGCACUUCCGACAAUGCUCCUGGAGUCCGUCUCCUCUUAGAGUGGAAGGCAGACCCGCUCCUGAAAAGCUUUCCCGGUGUGAGCUCAUUCAAGACGGCCUGCUGCUUUGGCAGCACUGAAGUUGUGAAGGAGUUGUUGACAACGAUACGUCAUCAGGUCAGCUUAAGAUUUUCUUUGCACUGUGCCCUGGCCUUCAAUGGGGAGAGCGAUGUCAUCGCUUGCUUGAUCGAGGCUUCAGCAGAUGUGAACGAGCAGCUGCACAUUCCGCUGUCCCGAACGGCUAUGUGGCUCCAGCUGAAGGCGUUGCGCACGAUGCAUUACGUCAGUCCGUCAGUCCUCACGCUUCUGGCUUACCAUCAUUAUGGCGCAACUCCCUUGACAUUUUGCAUUUUGACAGGAAAGUUCGAGAUCAUUCCCAUCCUACUAACUGCCGGGGCGCGCAUGGACAUCCCAAACAAUCGUGGGAAGACUCCCGCAGAUAUCCUUCAGCAAGUUCAUGCAUCAUUCUCUUGGAACGAACUAGGCCGAGUCCUGGCGUGCGAUGAGGACUCAGAUGAUACCUGUUCCUUGUGA